AUGUCAUCCGCACGAACAGAAGUGGACCGAUCGAGUGGAGACAAAGAUGCAGCUUUCUGGUCCGCACAAGAGGAUGGCCCUGAGACAAAGCCUUGUGGUAUAGCCCAACGAGAAGCUGCUCGACAAAAGGAUAUUGAAUUCCGCCAAAGGUUUGGUGAUGCUGGUCCCCUUGGUCUCUCUGGCUUUGCCUUUGCGACGUUCUUGACAGCCUUGGUCAACCUCAAUGUACACGGCGUGACUAUUCCAAAUAUUGUCAUUGGACCAGCUCUGGCUUAUGGAGGUCUUGCUCAAUUACUUUCUGGCAUGUGGGAUAUCGCCAAUGGCAAUACAGUCAGCGCCACUAUUGCCUGCUCGUAUGGCUGUUUCUGGAUCUCUUACGCCAUUGGUAUGAUUCCCAGCUUUAACGUCAGGGACGCUUACCCCAGCCUUGCCGACUACAACCACGCCAAUGGGCUCUUUCUUAUGGGAUUCUUCAUCUUCUCAGUGGCCAUAACGCUAUGCUCAAUGAAGUCGAAUGUCUUUUCUCUGACGCUUUGCCUUCUUGUCAACUGCACCUGGCUCUUGCUCGGGGUGGCUAACCUCUGGACUGAAGAGUCAGGAGCUCCCAAUAACGUACUACUCAAGUGCGGCGGCGUGACUGGCUUGUUGGUUUCAUUCACGGCAUGGUACCUUAUGUAUGAGGGUUUGGCAAAUAGACAGAAUAGCUUUGUUCUGCCACCGAAUCCUGAUCUUCCGUGGAAUCCAAGCCGUAGAUCCCAUGGCUCACAUGUAAACUAG